UAAAUUCCAUAUCAGCUGAAAGCAAACGCUUCUUCCUUUAUACGUUUUUCCCCCGGUCGCGGUCUGUCGCUGUUCUGGCCAUGCACAUGUCUGCAGAGAGUGUAUGAGUUGCUAGGUGUGAAGGUCCCCAGGAAAACGUCGGCAGUGAAAAAAGUCACGAACAAUCGAACUAUUCGAUUGAGUUUAAGUAGGAUAAAGUGUCCGGAGUGAAUUACGAAAUGUCGGCCAAUUCGGUACUGCUGGAUUUCUCGCUAGAGCCGUCCCGUAUCGGUGAUGAAGUGUCGCGAAAGGACAUCGUGAAGCUGUGUAAAGAACACCUGGAAAAGUAUCUACCGGGGCUAAAAAUAUCCUACGAUAUGCUAACCGAAGACGGAUAUCUAUGCAUCCUGAAUGCUCCCGGUGCGGUCAUUACGACGAUUCGGUUCUUCAACCAAGGCCUGAUUACGAUCAACAUCGAGUACUACCGGGCCGAGCGGGAUGAAGCCAAACUAUCCUUCGAACAAAUGAAAACGCUAGAGAACAACUUGCGCCUCAAAUUGGAGGCCAAACGCUCCAAGCACCUUCCACCGAUAAAAAGAGGCAGUAAUGUUGACGUGUACUUAACGAGCUCAGAUGAACGUGUCAUCGAAUACGACAUCGACAAGGUUCUGUAUGACAAGCGUUCUGAAUUUCAAAAGAUCCAGAUUGUCCACUCCAAGAGUUUGGGUAACAUGCUCGUUCUGGACGAACUGCAAAAUAUUGCAGAAGCCGAUCUUAUCUACACGGAAACGUUGAUGCGCCGUGGUAUCGAGAACUACAAGGACAAAGAGAUUUGUAUCCUUGGAGGCGGGGAUGGAGCCCUGCUGUACGAGCUACUGAAGGAAGAACCCAAGUUUGUGGUAAUGCUGGAAAUUGACGAGCUAGUCAUGCAGGCCUGUAACAAGUACAUGAAUUCCAUCUGCGGGGAUGUGUUGGAGAGGCGCAAAAGUGACAAUUACGAGAUAGUCGUCGGCGAUUGUAUGGUCUACCUGAACAAAUACAUCAAGGAUGGGCGCAAAUUCGAUUACGUAUUCGGUGACUUGACUGAUAUUCCGAUUUCCGAUACACCUACCGGUGAAAUUUGGGAUUUCAUUCGCACAAUUUUGGAAUCAUCGUUCAAGGUUCUCAAGCCUACUGGAAAGUUCAUGACUCACGGAAACGGUGUCAGCUGUCCAGAGUCGCUUGAAAUGUACGAGGAACAGCUUGGCAAGCUCACUCCAAAGGUCGCAUUCACUAAAUGCACAGCAUUUGUUCCAUCGUUCAUGGAAGAAUGGGUCUUUUAUCAAGUGCAGGACGAGACCGCAGUGGCGGCCAACGUUUGACUUCCACACUGGGAUACCGUCAUUCCUAGAGAACCAUUCAUAUGUUCCUGGUGCCAGAUGCACCAUGGCUUCAAUACGUCGAUAACUUAUGCAGUUUUCUUCCUUCAGAUUUUACCGAAAAGCAACUCAAUUAAUAAUGUCCCGAAUUACAGUACCGCACAGCAAAAUUUGCACAACUCUAGAUACUUAUAGUAGUAAUAACAAACUUUGCCCUAUAGAGCAAGUGAUGCAGAAAUUUCCGUCGACUGUUCAUAACUUAAUGUUUUGACGCAAGGUAUAGACAAAAGUGGCUAACGGAGUGUUUUUGAGGUAAUUUUUUAUCACCUCUUUUAAAAGUCAGUUAAGUUUAUUUUGUACGAAUCUCCUAUGUACGACUAAAGUGUGCGUUAUGUUGAAUAUAAGCAGGGCCACAUGUUUUGAUGUACUUAUUACAGUCAUAAACUACCACGCGUAGCAGUUAUUCAGUUCCUUUAAUUUUAUUGUUUUAAGUUGUCACAGCUACAUCUGGAUGUAGUGAUCAUUCAUAAGCAGGAAGAACUUAAAGUAUUCAAUAAUAAUUCUGUUGCGUGUUUAUGUUUAAGCAUAAUACAUAAUAUUUUCUGCGUCGCUUAUCGGUUAGGAAAAUGAUAGAGGACAAGUGCUACCGAGCGUACCCAGUACCUUAGUAGAAAACGCUGUUACAAUUCUUCCCACAGUUUUGUAGUUUCGAACUUUCUCCAAAUGAAAUAAAACUUCAAUUCAUCUAUA